CACACACAUACACACACACACACACACACACACUGUCUCUCUCUCAAGCACACACACACAUGUACUGUAUAGACAGUAAUUAGUGUGUGUGUUGAGCAUGAAGAAAUUGCAGUUUUUUGUGGGGGUUGUUAACGCAGAUUAGGACAAAGGGCUGUCAAGCUCACUGAUUCUGCUCCACCGGCGCUCCCCUCCAGGACAACGUGGCACAUUCCAGACACAGGAAGGCCUCUCUGGAGACGGGGGGAUUAGGGGUCUAUAAGACCGUGACCCACUUUAAAUACCCAAUCGCAAACGGGGGAGAAGAUCUCCUGAGCCAACGGGACGCUGGGCGCCGCCCACCCGCAUGCAUACUAAUGAGGAGGGGGAUAAUAACCCGAGGGGGGACUCGGGCACAAUCCGCAGCUCGCCUCAGUGUCCCGUUGGAGAUUACUCUGCCUCCCUGAACACCUUCACCAUGGUCGACGCCUUCUGUGCCACUUGGAAGCUGGUCGACAGCGACAACUUCGACGAGUACAUGAAAGCCCUCGGCGUGGGCUUCGCCACCCGGCAGGUCGGCAAUGUGACCAAGCCGACCGUGGUCAUCAGCCAGGAGGGCGACACGGUGCUGGUCCGCACCCAGAGCACCUUCAAAAACACCGAGAUCUCCUUCAAGCUGGGAGAGGAGUUCGAUGAGACCACCGCCGACGACAGGAACUGCAAAUCCACGGUGACCUUGGAGGGGGACAAGCUGGUCCACGUCCAGAAGUGGGAGGGCAAAGAGACCAAGUUCGUCCGGGAAAUCAAGGACGGCAAGCUGGUGAUGGUGAGACGAGCGCCUCCACACACACACACACACACACACACACACACUCACACACACACACUCCUGUCCGGCUUCAUCAGCACACACACGACUUAAGGGGAGUAUAAUUACUGGGGGGAAUAAAUAGAAAUAGAAUAUUAAAGUUAUUGUGUCGACAAGUAGCUAUAAAUGACUAUAAAUGCUUUUACUCAUCAUCUGGGAAAUGUUUUGUCCAUUUUUGUAAUAUAGCACCAAAAUAUACGUUGUUUCAUAAAGUAUUCACGAUUUCCUCUCGCUGGAAGCAUCGAUAAUAAAACAUAUUUUAUUCUUCUGUGUGCGUUUAAAGAAAAUUAUAUUUCAAACUUAUGGGCAACUGUCAUGUUGUGAGAGCGAUGCACAGUUUGUUGGUCUUUAAAAGACUCUUCUGGCCCAAAUUGUUACUUAAAGAGACACCAACCAGGAAGAGACUCAAAGUAACCACCAGGAAACAUUAAACGAUCACAAAUAGACGCAAAGCAACUGAAAAGAGACACAACAAGACAAAAUAAGACAAAGGGACCACAAAGACAACGAAGAGACACAGGAGGACCACAAAGAGACAAUACACAUUCCCAAAGAAACACAAAACAACUACAAAGAAGCUCAAAACGACCACAAAGAGACACAAAACAACUACAAAGAAGCUCAAAACGACCACAAAGAGACACAAAACAACUACAAAGAGACACAAAACAACCACAAAGAGACACAAAACAACUACAAAGAAGCUCAAAACCACCACAAAGAAACACAAAACAACUACAAAGAAGCUCAAACAACUACAAAGAAGCUCAAAACGACCACAAAGAGACACAAAACAACUACAAAGAAGCUCAAACAACUACAAAGAAGCUCAAAACGACCACAAAGAGACACAAAACAACUACAAAGAAGCUCAAAACCACCACAAAGAAACACAAAACAACUACAAAGAAGCUCAAAACGACCACAAAGAGACACAAAACAACUACAAAGAGACACAAAACGAGAGAUGCAAAACAACAACAAAAUAGACAAAAGUGUUGAGUCCGUCUCAAACAAAAAGGUUUUUAAAAAAGCCCCAAAACACACUUUUCAGACAGUUUUGUCUCCCUGAAGCUGCAGCGGAACGUUUUGUGAUGAAUGAGUGAGUUUCUUCUACGCUUUCAUAGUCAAAUGAGCUCUGUUGUGUGAGACAGAGUGAGUCCCUGAAGCUGCCAAAAGCCGCCUCACUCUUCCGCUGGUCGAGUGGUGCGUUGGUGGGCUCUCCACUCGUCGUCACGGUAACGCUCCUCUCUCCUCUGCAGAACCUGACCUUUGAGGACAUCCACGCGGUGCGCAGCUACGAGAAGGCCUGAGCGCUCCGACCGCGGCCAAGAAGUGUUGAUUUUAUAAUUAUUAUUGACUGUAUGCUUCUCUUUGCACUUCGUCCUCCUCCUGCAAGUUUUGUAAUUCUUUUUUUUUUUUUUUUUUUUUUAUAUUAUGAAAAACAAAUUCUGUCAUUAUGAAUGGAUCGUCUUUGCAACCCUGGAAAUU